AUGGCGACUAGCGUGGAUGCGAAGCUACUGCGGCAGACCAAAUUCCCGCCGGAAUUCAGCCGCAAGGUGGAUAUGAAGAAAGUCAAUAUCGAAGUCAUGAAGAAAUGGAUUGCCGGCAAGAUCUCUGAAAUUCUAGGCAACGAGGACGACGUUGUCAUUGAGCUCUGUUUCAACCUGUUGGAAGGUUCCCGUUUUCCCGAUGUGAAAUCUCUUCAGAUUCAGCUUACAGGCUUUUUGGACAAAGAUACUGCCAAGUUUUGCAAGGAGCUUUGGUCGUUGUGUCUGAGCGCUCAGGAAAAUCCUCAGGGCGUUCCCAAGGAGUUACUGGAGGCAAAGAAGCUAGAGCUGAUACAAGAGAAGCCGAAAAAGCCGCGGAAGAAGCCCGAAAGCAGAAAGAGCAAGAACGUGCCAGGGAGAGGGAGCUGGAGGACAUCCGACGAAGAGAGCGCUCCGAACGCACACGAGGAGGGGGAGGUGGAGUUAGAAGAGGUGGUGGCCGUGGCGGUCGGGACUUUGACAGACGGCCGCGGUCCCCUCCUCGGCGUCGUAGCAGGGAGCGUUUCCGAGAGCCACCUGCGCGACGGGAGUUUGACUCGUACGUCCCCUCCGGCUCCCGCAGAGGUCGUCGGCCAUCCUACUCUCCCAGCCGCUCACGUUCUCGAUCCAUCUCCUCAUCGCGGUCGCCACCGGCGCGUCGCCAGCAGCGGUAUUCGAGCAGGGACCGGAGCAGGCGGCGUCGGUCGAUUAGCAACUCUGUCUCUCCAGACCGCGGAGACCGCAAGAGAAGGCCGAGCAGACGCAGCCCUGAUUACGUCAUUUAUCAUCCCGCUCACGUACUCCCAGAAGAGACCGCCGGAGACGGAGAUCCGUCUCUUCGCGCAGUGCGUCGCGUUCGCCUGUCGUGAGGGACAAGCGCAGAACACGAGACUCGCCGAAUUUACCGCUGAUAUUGCAAAGGCCCGCAAACCCCGCGAUGACCGCCGCCUGAGUCGCAGUAGAAGUCGCGACGACCACCGCAGACGCCGACGCUCGUCUCGGGCUCGCAGCCGUGAUCGCAGCCGCAGCCGAGGCCCGUCCCGCAGCGUUAGUCAGGACUCACCCAGCCGCAGUCGGACUCGCAGUCGAAGCCCCGCGAGGGACGCACGGGACGCAAGAGAUCGCAAGAGACGUCGUUCAAUCGAGAGAUAUGCCCCCGCAGGCCGGAGACGGUCUUCCGCGUCCGCUCCUGGUGACAAACGACAGAGGAUGGCUGCUGAUGAUGAUGAAGCGACAAGACGACCUGAACCUCCAGCAGAGAGAACGAGCGCCGGCGACCAUGAGAUGAAGGAAGCCGCCGAGCGAGCUCCCUCCCGAUCUACUACCCAUGCCCGCAUUUCCAGCACCGCACUUCGCGAGAGAAUCCUCCGUGAGCAGCUCGUCGCGAAACGCCGGACCGGCCCGAGCGACAAGGUAGGUAGGUAGUCUCAGCCAUCUGGAAACCAUCCGCAUAGAGAAUUCCACCAAGCCUCAAUCCACAUCCAUCCACGGACGCAUGGCCCAGCGCAGCAUAUGAGAAUGCGAAUGAAUGCACACUACCAGAUUUCGGUAGCUUUGUAGCUUUAGGCGAG